CCUGCUCGCCCCCGUCCCCUUCCCCGCCCGCGCCCAGCCUCCGCAUUGUUCUCCCCUUCUCUCUCCCUCCCUCCCUCCCUCCCUCGCUCCUUCCUCCUCUUCUUCCUCCGCGCAAAGAUGGCGAAGGCAGCCUGGGAGCCACCUCGUCCGCUGCCUGCCGGGCAACUCUAGGACCCCCGCCCGGGCGGAGGGGCUCUCCCCAUGGCGACGGGAGCCCGGCUCGGCCUCGCCACCCUCCUGGCCCUGACCUGGGCCCUGCCAGAGAUAUUGUCUUUGGACCUGAGCUGCGGCCUUGGCCCCAACCAGGUGAUGUUGGAGCCCAACCAGACGCUGGAGUUGAGCUGCAGCCUGUCUCCCGUCGAGCAAGUCUUCAAUGUUUCCUGGAGGAAGAAUGGACUUCCACUCGCAGAAGAAGAAGACAACCUCCAUGUCCUCCCCAACGGCUCUUUGUUCAUCUCAUCUGUCUAUUCAGCUUCGGAGGAGGACAGGUCUCUAAGAGAAAGCAUUGUGGAGGGCAACUACUCCUGCAUCUCUCACGGCCCGUUUGGUUCAGUCGCAGGGCAAACAGUCGUCCUUCGUGUUGCAAAUUUGCCCCCAUUCCUUCGCCAUCCGGAGUCCCAAACCGUGGAAGAGAACGGCAUGGCUCGCUUUGAGUGUCGGAUCGAAGGGCUGCCCCCGCCGGUAAUCUCCUGGGAGAAGGAUGGAGUAGAAGUUUCUUCAGGAGACAGGUUUAUCAUCCUCCCAAAUGGCAUCCUCCAGAUCAUCGAUGUGCAAGAGAGUGACGCGGGGGUCUACCGCUGUGUGGCCACAAACAGGGCAGGAAAGCGCUACAGCUCCGGCGCAGCCCUCGAUCUUUUAGAAGGUCCCCAGCUGCCAGUGACCGGGGAUGUCCUCAUUGUUGCCGCUCCGGAAAAUGCCACAGUCGUGGUGGGCGAAAACGCAGUGAUGGAGUGCAUGGCAUUGGCUCACCCGACCCCGUUUGUUUCGUGGAUACGGGAAGAUGGAGACCCUGUGGCCACCGAUGUGAUCGUGGUGGGACGCACCAACCUCUUGAUCCCUCAGGCCCAGCUUCAUCAUGCCGGCGUCUAUGUCUGCCGGGCCAAUAAACCCCAAACCAGGCAGUUUGUGAUGGCUGCGGCUGAGCUCACGGUCCUUGCUCCUCCGAACAUCUCCCAGGCUCCGGAAACCAUCUCUAGAACCCGCGCCGGCACUGCCAGAUUUGUCUGCAAAGCCGACGGCGAGCCUCCCCCCAUCAUCUCCUGGAUGAAGAACGGGGAGCCGCUUUCAUCCAAAGGGCGGGUGAAGAUACAGCCCAGCGGCACCUUGGUCAUCAACCAGAUUGGGCUGGACGAUGCUGGCUACUACCAAUGUGUGGCCGAGAAUCACCUGGGCAUGGCGUGCGCCACCGCCCGGCUGGAGGUCAUUGUGCGCGAAGGGCUGCCCAGCGCACCCAAGAAGCUCUCGGCCAGUUCGCUCUCCAGCACCAGCGUCCUGGUCUCCUGGGAACGGCCUGAGUUCAACAGCGAGCAGAUCAUUGGUUUCUCCUUGCAUUAUCAGAAAGCCUUGGGCACCAACAACGUGGAGUACCAGUUUGCCGUGAACAAUGACACCACCGAGUUUCAGGUCAGGGACUUGGACCCCGCCAGCAGCUACCUUUUCUACAUCGUGGCCUAUUCUCAGCUUGGCGCCAGCCGGACCUCAACUCCCAUAAAUGUACAGACGCUGGAGGACGUUCCCAGUGCAGCCCCCCAGUUGACACUUUCGAGUGUGACGCCAACAGAUAUCAAGGUGAUGUGGCUGCCACUUCCGCCGGAACUGAGCAACGGGAGGAUCACCAAAUACAAAAUCGACUAUGCCCCGGUUAAGGAUGAUCUGAUUUCUUCCACGGAGGUCGGGGCGAAUGAGACACAGCUCACACUCCAUGCCCUGCACCCCAAUAAGGUCUACAAAGUCCGGAUUGCGGCAAGCAGCAGCGUGGGUUAUGGGGCGCCUUCGGAGUGGACGCAGCAUCGUACCCGAGACAGAGACAACCAAACCCACGUUCCAUUUGCCCCAACUGAGUUAAAAGUCAGAGCCAGAGUGCAAUCCCUCUUGGUCAGUUGGCAACCUCCGGCCAACCAUGCCCAGAUUUCAGGCUACAAGCUUUACUACCGGGAAGUGGCUGCGGAGGAGAAAAGCGAGGAGAGCCCUUCGGAAGGCACCGGGGACGGCCUUUGGGACGUGGGGCCCAUCAAGCUGAAGAAGAAGGUCAAGCAAUAUGAGCUGAUAAACUUAGUUCCUGGGAGGCUCUAUGAGGUGAAGGUGGUGGCCUUCAACAAGCACGAAGAUGGCUACGCAGCGAUUUGGAAGGGCAAAACCGAGAGAGCCCCGACCGCAGCAGCAGACCCGCCAGUUCAGAAGGGACCACCGCUGCCUCCAGCACAUGUCUAUGUGGAAUCCAACAGCUCCACCUCAAUUUGGUUGAAGUGGAAGAAACCCGAUUUCUCCACGGUGGAGAUUGUCAAUUACACUGUGCGUUUCAGCCCGUGGGGACUCAAAAACGCUUCCCUUGUGACCUACUACACAAGCUCAAAUGAAGACAUCCUCAUCAGCGGCUUGAAGCCAUUCACCAGAUACGAGUUUGCCGUCCAGUCAAAUGGGGUCGGCAUCGAUGGUCCAUUUGGCAACGUGGUGGAAUGGUUCACCCUUCCAGACCGGCCCUCAACUCCUCCCUCCGAUUUGCGGCUGCACCCCAUCAACCCGUAUUCCGUGCAGGUCCACUGGUGCCCCCCUUCCGAACCCAAUGGCAUCAUUGUGGAAUAUAUCAUCCUUUACAAUGCCAACAACACUCAGCCUGACGAGAUGUGGACUCUCCUGACCAAAGAGGGCAAUACAUUCAGCACUGAAGUUCAUGGGUUGGAAAGCGACACCAGAUAUUUCUUCAAGAUGGGAGCCAAGACGGUGGUUGGGUCAGGACCCUACUCGAACGUGAAGGAUGUGCAAACCUUGCGGGAGAGGUUCUCAGAUCUGCUGGACAUCCACUCAGUCACAGGGAUUAUCGUUGGCGUCUGCUUAGGCUUGCUGUGUGUCCUCUUCUGCAUGUGCGCCAGCUUCCGCAACCACAAACCGAGGGAGUCUGUGCCGGGAUUGGACCCCCAGACGCCUGGGAACCAUGUUUACCAUUACCACCGCAGUCGCCAGGUCCCGCCUCUCCCUGUGGCCCCCUCCAACCCCCACGAGUUGGAGUCCCUCAUGUCUCCGCUCUCCGAAGAGGCUCCUUCGCCCCCGACAGACAUCAUGGAGCUGACGGACGUCCAUGGCCACAUCCAGGGUGGUCCUCCAAGCGACGGCAUGGGCCUCAUCAAGAGAAAGCCUCCUUGGGAGAAAUCACUGAACAGCUGGGCAAACACCAUGGUCAACUAUGGAGACACAGUUCCCAAAGAGUCGACCGUGGCUUUGAACGGAUCACUGAAAAUGGCACCCAACGGGGGACAGAAGCUCUUAUUGCAAGCUUUGGUUUACGAGGUGGUUGCGAAUGAAGUGAACAAGGAGCACGUACCUGGCAGUCUCAACCAGGUGGAAGCCGAGGUGAUUGUCCAUUCCGACUUCUCUGCCUCGCACCGAGGUGACGUCUCCCGGCUUCCUGCAGAGGAGAUGGAGGAGACGCUUCCUGAGGACCAAAGCCUCGAAUCCCUGCCCGCGGAAGAGCUCACUCCGGAGUCUUCCCCCAUCUCCUUGAAGGACAAUCUCAGCAAGGAAGCAGGAGACAAGAGCGAACCUGAGAUCCCCGCUUCUUGGCGGGGAACUGACCAGCAGACUUGCCAGGUGGCCACCGAAUUGCUCGAGACGGCCACUUCUGGCUUCUUUGGGAUGGACGAAAGCCUGGAUUCGGGGCAAUUUGGGGACUCCGAGGCCCUCCAAGGGGGGAAGAAGGAGCCCAUCCUGCAGGAUGCCUUCCCCAUGGGACAGCCUCAGGCCCUUCUUUGCAGCUCGCCUGCUGGUUUUGAGAACAUGACAUGUGUCCACCAUCUUUGAAGACCACACUGACCAUACUCUUGGCUACCGCAGAGCUAGAAGUAACAUAACAAAGUAAGGCAUAGCCUUCCCGUGGUACUAAACAGUAACUCGUGGUUUGGAAGACAAGGAGAUACAGAAGUGCCUCCCUUAUUUUAUUGUUUUUUGUACUCCCUGCCCACGUGUGAGUGUUUCCUCGUUGCUUGGGGACCCUAAAGGCUGUCCUUUGCCUUCGAGUCCUCUCCGGUCGACAGCAAAGAGUCGAGAAGAGGCCAAACGUUGAGCAAACCAAGGAGGUGUAAGGCAUUGGGUUGAUGUGGCAGGAAAUGUGGCGCAAUGUCCACUGGAUCCCACCCUGGCCACCCAUUGCAGUGCUGUCACCCUUUCACAUGGCCACUUUAACUGCCAUGGUGCCACAUUAAGGGAUCAGGAGCAGUAGAGUGUUGACCCUUUCACAUGGCACAACUAGAAUGUUAUGAUUCCGCUUUAACUGCCAUGGUGCCACAUUAUGGUGGAGUUUUGAAAGAAUUAAGCCAUCAAAUGGCAAACUCCAUAGGAUAUUGCAAUGGCAGUUAAAGUGGAACUGAGGCACUAGUGGAAUAAAGAUGGACCAAGCUUCUGAUCCGUUCCUCCAGAGACUAGGACACAGAGCAGUGGAGUCAAAGAUUACUCCAAAACAUUAGCACAAUAAAUGCAGUUCAAUAAUGAAAUCUGCUGUCGCCUCAGAGUCCAGUCGAGUCUCCUUCUCUGGAGGUUUUUAAGCAGACGCUGGAUGUCCAUCUGUCGGGAGAGCUUGGAUUGCACAGUUUAGCUCAGAUCCAUGUAUCCAAUAAGAUUGAGAUAGAAGAAGCUAUUCCACAGCUAGAUCUACACUGUGCAAUGAAGGCACUCCGAGACGGUUGUAAAUGUUAGGGCUGUGUCAUAUGGAACCCUGGGACUUGUAGUUUCAUUUUUUUUACAUGUCAGGAGCAACCUGAGUUGUUUCUGGAGUGAGAGAAUUGGCCGUCUGCAAGGACGUUGCCCAGGGGACGUCCGGAUGUUUUUGAUGUUUUACCAUCCUUGUGGGAGGCUUCUCUCAUGUCCCUGCAUGGAGCUGGAGCUGAUAGAGGCAGCUCAUCCGUGCUCUCCCCAGCUGGGAUUCGAACCUGGCAGCCUUCAGGUCAGCAACCCAACCUUCAAGUCACAAGGCUUUUAUCCCCUAGGCCACCGGAGGCUCCUAUAGUAGUUUCAUAAGAUAAUCAGAAUUCUGUGCCGAAGUGUCCUGAGAGUUAUGUGUUCAAAGGAGUGGACUUUGAAGGUACAGUAGAGUCUCACUUAUCCAACAUAAACGGGCCGGCAGAACGUUGGCUAAGCAAAUAUGUUGGAUAAUAAGGAGGCAUUAAGGAGAAGCCUAUUAAACAUCAAAUUAGGCUAUGAUUUUACAAAUGAAGCACCAAAACAUCAUGUUAUACAACAAAUUUGACAGAAAAAGUAGUUCAAUAUGCAGUAAUGCUAUGUAGUAAUUACUGUAUUUAUGAAUUUAGCACCAAAAUAUCACGAUGUAUUGAAAACAUUGACUACAAAAAUGCAUUGGAUAAUCCAGAACGUUGGAUAACUGAGAUUCUACUGUAUCUUGUCACCAAGGUACACAUGUCAAGAUAGGAUAUUUAUUCAUCAUGUCAGAAGGGGACCAAAGGUACAAGUUGUAAUGCAUUUGAAAACACAAAGUUUAAACAACAACAACUUGGCAUUAUACUAAAUGUCCUUUGACCAGUAGCUGGCCACUUGGAGUGCUUCUGGUGUUGCUGUAAGAAGGUCGUCCUUACAGAUAGGGUGGAGCCAUGGGAGUUAACAUGGUAUGGAAUUGUUGUCAUUGUUCAGUGUGGAUCCACUCCCAAGUUUGAAAUCUCAGGAGUGGGAUCUGUGUGAUGGUAAAGACCUUAAAGGUCAUCCAGUCCAACCCCUUUCCGGUGCAAAAACAGAGCCCUAAGUAUCUCUGACUUGAGACAGAGUCCAUCUAGCUCAGCAUGGCUAGCUUUCUACUCACAGGUUUGUGUGUCUUCGUGUUUAGAGGGGGAAAUUUGAACACACAACUCACAUCGCCUUGGAAGGUUGAGUCUAAGAGUAUUUCCAACAACUUCGAUAAUAUUAGGGAACUCUUGUCCAACUCUUGGUGGCCUGGACAUUUGUAUUAACAUGAUAAUCUCAAGGAUGUCCAUCCAACCACAAGCAAACCCAGAGGAGAUUCUGGUCGAACGGCACCCUUUCGGUCCUUGCACCUAAUAUUUUAGGUAUUGAUCCCCCCUCCCGCCUUUUUUAAUGUUACGACAAUGUAUUUUUUAUUUCCUCAGAGCAUCUUUAUAUUAUUUAAUUUUUAUAUAUAUAAGAAAAAAAGGGGAGAAAAUUUAGUCGCGUGUGUUUUAGCCUAGCCUUUGUACUGCUCCAUUCUCUAUUGUGUUUUUUUUCCUUCUUAACACAACAACUACCUCAAGCUUGUUUUAAAAAAGGAAAAAAAUAAAAGCAAUAGAUUUUGCUCUUU